GAGAAGGAUGAGCUACACUUGGAUGAAGGACUCCAGAAGAAUGAGGAGAGACUUUUCAGAGUUAGCUUCAGAGAGGCUACUUUCCAUGACUCUGGUCAUUUGAUCAGCUGUAAAUAUAUAUAUAUAAAAAACAACAAGCAGCUGCAGCGAUGGACAGAUGGAGCCCUGAGGAUAACUGGACACUCACACACUGACAUGAUUAUGAUUUCUCUCCGUCCCUCCGGCUGUUGAAGCUGCUCUGAGGAGAGCUAACAGAGUUUUAAGCUGUUUAAGCCUUCAGGAUGAGCGACCGCCACGUCUGAAAUCCAAAAGAAGUUAAGAGGAAAGUUCAGGGACACUGAUGGAAACUGCUGGAGCCACAAUGGAAAUACACACCUGCCUGUGCUUGGUUUUCAUUACUGCAACUCCAAGAGUGUACUCCCAAGUUGGACCUCGUGCCCAUGCUGAAGAGAGGCUUCUUCAGAAUCUGUUUGCGCAUUACAAUAAGCUCUCUCGGCCUGUGCAAAACACUUCAGACACGGUGCUAGUCCACUUCGGCUUGUCUAUUGCUCAGCUAAUUGAUGUGGAUGAGAAGAACCAGAUGAUGACGACAAACGUGUGGGUUAAGCAAGAAUGGAACGACUACAAACUCCGUUGGAACCCGGAGGAAUACGAAAACGUCACGUCAAUACGCAUCCCAUCAGAGAUCAUCUGGAGACCUGAUAUCGUCCUCUACAACAAUGCAGACGGCGACUUUGCUGUGACUCACCUCACCAAAGCCCACCUGUUCUAUGAUGGUCAAAUAAAAUGGACGCCUCCAGCCAUUUACAAGUCGUCGUGCAGCAUAGACGUCACAUUUUUUCCCUUCGACCAGCAGAGCUGCAAGAUGAAGUUUGGCUCCUGGACCUACGACCGAGCCAAGAUCGACCUGAUCAACAUGGCCAGAGAUGUGGACCAGAUGGACUACUGGGAGAGCGGCGAGUGGGUCAUCGUCAAUGCAGUGGGCAAGUACAACACAAAAAAGUACGAGUGUUGUACGGAGAUCUAUGCGGAUAUCACUUACUACUUCAUUAUUCGGAGGCUUCCCUUGUUCUACACCAUCAACUUGAUCAUCCCCUGUCUGCUCAUCUCCUGUUUGACUGUUCUGGUCUUUUAUUUGCCAUCCCAGUGCGGAGAGAAGAUCACCUUAUGUAUUUCGGUUCUACUGUCCCUAACCGUGUUUCUCUUGCUAAUCACAGAGAUUAUCCCAUCCACGUCACUGGUGAUCCCCCUGAUUGGUGAAUACCUGCUGUUCACCAUGGUCUUUGUCACACUCUCCAUCAUAAUCACGGUCUUUGUGUUGAAUGUGCAUCACCGGUCGCCCAAAACUCAUGGUAUGCCUCAUUGGGUGCGCAGAGUUUUCUUGGACUUGGUUCCUCGAGUCCUCUUUAUGAAACGUCCGCCGGGAACAGCGAAACAGCACUGCAAGAAGCUCAUCGAGAUGAUGCACCGGCCGACCAUGAUUUCCACAACAAACAACUCACAGGCUUUUUGGAUUGGUCUGGACAUGGAGCUGAGACAGAUGACGCAGACAGACAACACACUCCCAAAAACUCCCACUGACAGUCCGAGAAUCCUUGUUUGCUCACCUUCUCCACCUUCUUCCUCCCGAGAAGACCACUGUAAUGACCAUCCGCUCAGCACCAACAUCUUCCACAGAUCAGCCUCCGCCAAAUACUCGGUCCUCACAGAGAAGCAUUCCCUACGCAGACACAACUCUGCAACCAUGUGCGCCUCUCAGUUGUCUUUGCCUCCGACUUUGGCUCUGGACUCACUUCACAACUUGUCCAGUGAGCAGCCAAGUUCUCUGUCCCUCAACGGCCGUUCCCAAAGCGCGGAGCAAAUGUGCAACCAGCAUGAUCAGGCUCCACCAACAUCUGAACAUCUCUGCCGCUCACAGAGCUUCCAGUACUGCUGUCUGCAUGACAAUGGCUUACUGGGGUUUCCAAGGCAGCUGAAAGAAAUGGUCUCUAAGGAGCACUUGGCCAAAUCCCCAACAAGAGUGCCAACCAAAGAAGCAAGCACCCAACAAGAUACUCCUAUUCCAGCAAUUUCUCCAGCUAUGCAACGAGCCAUAGAGGGAGUUCAAUACAUCGCAGACCAUCUCAAAGCAGAGGAUGCAGACUUUUCAGUGAAGGAGGACUGGAAGUACGUGGCGAUGGUCAUUGACAGGAUAUUCCUCUGGAUGUUUGUACUGGUGUGUAUUCUGGGAUCUGUGGGACUCUUCCUCCCUCCCUGGCUGGCUGGGAUGAUCUAGCAGCUUUGAGGAACAUGAGAGCUGAUAGGACGAUGGGCUUGUCACAUGUUGUAAGAAAAAAAGUUUAUCGUGAAUCUUUUUUCUUUCUGUUUCUGGGAACUCCAUGUCACAGUCUUUGCUCUUAUCCUUUAUAAUCAAAAGGAUACAAAGGAUAAGAGAAACAAGAUGGAAUAUAUAUCACUGAUCCCUGUGGGCAAAUACAUUCUUUAUGAGGGCAAAAGGUCAACAACAAAAAUACACUUCAAUGCCACACCAUCCUGACUCUGAGCUGCACAGCUCAAACUCUCACGCUGUGAUAAAACGUCAAAAGCCGAAUCCUAAUACACCAGAAGACUCAACAUCCAGAUUGCUAAUAAUAGGACAAUAUGAGGUGGAAUACAUCCUAACAAUGUCUGGCUGGAACAAAGCUGACAAUGAACUGAUGUCAUGAAAUAUUCAUGAGAUAUCCAUAAAGUAAUGUUUCUGUGAAAA